UUUAUACGACGACUUACGACAAUUCUGGUGCUAUUCUUGCAGAGUGUAUUCGUGUGGCUCAUGGUGGACGGUAUGGUCGUAUAGGCGAUGCAAUCACGGUAGUAAUUAAAAAGGCACAUCCAAUAUCACAAGUCGCAGAAAAAACCUCUGGUGGAUCAGCUGCAAAUCUCGCCACAAAACUUUCAAUUCGUAAAGGUGAAGUUAAAAAGGCACUCAUUGUACGCACUCGUAAAGAAACAAGAAGACCUGAUGGAAGAUAUAUUAGAUUUGAUGAUAAUGCUUGCAUACUUUUGAAUAAUCGUCAAGAACCUUUGGCUACUAGAGUACUUGGUGUGGUAGGAAAUGAGUUAAGGGGUAAGAAAUGGGGAAAGGUCGUUAGCCUAGCUCCUAGAAUU